GCAUGGAGGCUCUCACCACUCAGCUGGGGCCGGGGCGCGAGGGUAACUCCUCGCCCAACUCGAAGCAGGAGCUGCAGCCUUACUCGGGCUCCAGCGCUCUCAAACCCAACCAGGUGGGCGAGACCUCGCUGUACGGAGUGCCUAUCGUGUCUCUGGUCAUCGACGGCCAGGAGCGCCUGUGCCUGGCGCAGAUCUCCAACACCCUCCUCAAGAACUACAGCUACAAUGAGAUUCACAACCGCCGCGUGGCCCUGGGCAUCACGUGCGUUCAAUGCACGCCCGUGCAGCUGGAGAUUCUGCGUCGGGCCGGGGCCAUGCCCAUCUCAUCGCGCCGCUGCGGCAUGAUCACCAAGCGGGAGGCCGAGCGCCUGUGCAAGUCGUUCCUGGGCGAGCACAAGCCGCCCAAGCUGCCGGAGAACUUCGCCUUCGAUGUGGUGCAUGAGUGCGCGUGGGGCUCGCGUGGCAGCUUCAUCCCCGCGCGUUACAACAGCUCGCGUGCCAAGUGCAUCAAGUGCGGCUACUGCAGCAUGUACUUCUCGCCCAACAAGUUCAUUUUCCAUUCGCACCGCACACCGGACGCCAAGUAUACCCAGCCCGACGCGGCCAACUUCAACUCUUGGCGCCGUCACCUUAAACUCAGUGACAAGUCGGCCACAGACGAACUGAGCCACGCUUGGGAGGACGUCAAGGCCAUGUUCAACGGUGGCACUCGAAAGCGGACCUUCUCGCUGCAAGGAGGCGGUGGCGGUGGCGCUAGUGGAGGGUCGAGUGGGCAGGGGAAAGGUGGCGCUGGCGGCGGCGGGGGAGGCCCGGGGUGUGGUUCGGAGAUGGCCCCAGGCCCGCCGCCCCACAAAAGCCUGCGUUGUGGGGAAGAUGAGCCAGAUAAGGAAGACAAUCACUCGACCGCCGACGAUUUGGAAACGAGGAAAUCCUAUCCAGACCAAAGGAGUAUCUCCCAGCCAAGUCCUGCAAACACAGACCGAGGCGAAGAUGGGCUCACCCUGGAGGUCACUGCAACGCAGCUAGUGGAGAAAGAUAUCGAGAACCUGGCCAGAGACGAGCUGCAAAAACUGCUCCUGGAGCAAAUGGAGCUCCGCAAGAAGCUGGAGCGAGAAUUUCAGAGUCUCAAAGAUAAUUUUCAGGAUCAAAUGAAGAGGGAAUUGGCUUAUCGAGAAGAAAUGGUGCAACAGCUGCAAAUUGUCAGAGACACUCUGUGUAACGAACUCGACCAAGAGCGGAAGGCCCGCUAUGCCAUCCAGCAGAAGUUAAAAGAAGCCCACGACGCCCUGCACCACUUCUCCUGCAAGAUGCUGACUCCCCGCCACUGCACUGGCAACUGCUCCUUCAAGCCCCCGCUGUUGCCCUAGGGCCGGCCCCGCCGCGCCCACGCGCCCUCAAGCCAUGCUGCUCUCUUCCUGUAAAUACCUGCGGCCGAGGCGGCCGAGAGCGAGGAACAAGCCAUUCGGACCGGACCGAUGUAAAUACAGCCUCCCGCCCGCCCUCCUUCUGGGCACCCACUCCCGGGAGCCCCAGCCCAGGGCCCCGGCUCCAUUUCCAAGUGUAAAUACCAUUUCGCCCCACGGUUGAACUCCAGGGCAUUGGACCUCAUGGGGUUAACUGGACAGAGGGGGUAAAAAAGGGAAGAGGGAGACUACUCUUCGCCUCUGUACAGCCUCGGACCCCCCAGUUGUGAUUACAAUGUAGCAACUUUGCUGGCGCUGGCCCCGCGCCGGUCCGUCCACUUCUGAAACUUGUUCCUAAUGACAAAGUGGCUAUGUGCAAUGGAUAUACAUGUACUGUGAGUCUCUUGGUUCAGUACUGAGUUUAACUUAUUUAUU